UUUCAAAGAAUUUUCGUCUCAUCCCCUCCUGCCAGGUCUGGUGGCUGCUGUUCAAACAAUCCAAUCAAUAGCAGAGAAGAAAUUUUCUCGCUCUACAGGAACAAUGGGAGCUGCUAUCGAUCCGCUGUAAGGAUAUGUGCCUGUAAGAAGAUAUCGCACCAUAAAUUUUCCUCGAAUAAGAAGGGAAGAAAGAUUCCCGUUCCCGUGUUGUGUGGUGCUUUAGAUCGGAGAAGCAGGCGAGCAGUGAAAGAUAUAUAGACAAAAAAUCAAUAAAGACCAAAAUUGUUUUCGGACAGAUUCAGCUCAAGUGAAGCGAAAAACUCACAUUCAACUUUUUUUGCCUCCUCCUUGGACAAGCUGCGGGCUAAAGAGCCUCUAGAAAACCAAACAGUGCUACGGAAGAAGCGAGUUAGUGUGAAAGAAAAGAACGGAAGAAACAUUGAACCGAUAUCCUUACGCACGCACGGAGAGAAAAAUCACAGCUACUAGUGUAAUAAUGAAUUUGGUAAAUUUAACGUCAAUCUGUGGGUGUGGGAUGUGCUACUAGUGCUCCUGAUUGCCAAGUCUCCAACUCCUACCGUCGGUCAGGCGGCACUGGGUGGUUGACAGAGUGGGUGGAAAAUUAACGUGGUGGAGGUGGUGAAAUGUAAGUGUCGAUUCCACCACUGUAUCUCACCGCAGCAGCCCGUGCCUACUGUUUGGACUUUUUCUCCCGUGGGGUGGAAUAGAAACGCAAGUGUAAGUGCAGACCCUACUCGUCGUUGUGAGUGUGCAAAAAACUCUACUAAUGACUUUGCCAAGCAUUGAGGCGUGAGGAAGUGUCACAAGACCGGAUCAGCACUACACUACUACACGGCUAGCCACUCUAGGUCUGACAAAGGCGAAACGGCAGACAAAAGUGUCUCUAUUGCGCAUAAAUUGAAAGCAUACUCGCUGUCGUCGUUUUUUUUUCUUUCUAUUCUCGCUUACACCGAAGAAUCGAACGCUGACUGUGUUGGUGUGAAAUAAUAUCAAAUUACAUUACACCUCUUAGCUAGUGUGAGUGUGUCAACCGCGGGCGCAACACCACGCAAGAGAAUAAAUAAGAGCAUAAACAUAAACGAGUGUGUCCAAACACGCACACAUGCCCGCCGUAAGCCAGCAAACAACCCGAAAAGGGGGAGACUAGAAAAAUAAUAAACAACGGCGUCAAAAGAAAAUAAAUAACAACCCAACACAUGCACACUCAGCAGCUUGCGACUACGAUUUCUACACCGGGAGAGAAGAAGUUUUUGUGAGCAAGAGUUUGAGAAGCCGUCGAGAGAGAGAAAAUAGCAGAAAAAAACAGUCAAAGCCUUCUUUAAUAAUCGCUAUCACCCCCGCCACCAGAGUCCACUGUUGUUCACACCGCACACUAGUCCAACGACCACGCAAAGUGUCCCCCCACGACGACGUCGGCCGUUGUGCAUUCUCGGGACCGGUUUUUGUCCUCUUCUUGGUGACGAAGACUUCACACAAGACUUUUCGCUCUCUAAUCCGAUGUUAGUGUACCGAUUGGACGCGACACACCAAUCCGCGACGAUUAUCACACAAAAUAGAGGGAGUGGCCUGACCAUAAGCAGCACCGCAUCCGACAGUGUGUGUGCAAGUGUGAGCGAGAGGCCAGAGGGGUGCGGUCGACACCAGUUCAACACGAAAGGUGUGAUUACAGACACCAAAAACCAGACACCAAGCGCUUAGUUUGUCGCUGCAGCGGUAACCAGUUCAUACACGGCCGGCGUGAAGUUAGCAUCGUUGUUGUUGUUGUAGUUUUUGUUUCGUUUUUUUCUCUCGCUCUCGUGUGACUCUCGCAGCCUCCCCCUGGCAGCCGUGGAGCUUCAUAGUCCCCCACUCCACCAUCAUCGAGUGUACCAGUUAUGGGUGUGAGUGUGUCACGAUAUUUCACGACAUGGCACGCAUUUUUCACGGCUCUACUGAUGCGUGAGUGUAGUUGCCUUGCUGCGAACGAUCCAAACCCGGUGGCAUAGGCCCAUUAGCCUUACGAGUGCUGUUGCCAACGAACCGUGUGUGUGCUUUUCCCGCGAUCAACAAAUCCGGAAGUGGCGCCGGAAAAUUUCGUGGAAACCAGGAUAAACCAACAAAGGCGGAGGAAAAGCUAACACCAGUUUUGUGUAUCCCCGCGAGUGUGUGUGUGUGUGUUACGUGUACGUGUUACACCGAACCGUGUCGACGAUUAACCGUUGAAGCUUUUGGGUUUAGCUAAAGCGCGACCCACUAAUUAAUUAUUAAUCGUUGCAAAUUAAAAUACUACACUGCUACCGUUGGCAAUAAAUGCUCUGGUAGGAACGACGGUGAAGUGAGUGACAGAAGAUUACGAUUUACCAUGAAAAGAGUAUCGAGGAAGAUUAAUUACUGUGAACGUACUGUGAAUUUACAUUGAAUGUAGGCUAAUCCGAAUAAAGUGUAGUGAAGAAAAAGAAACCGAAACCCGCAAUAGUUUAGUGUGUAGUGACUGUAAACGAUCCGCGGAGAAAAACUAGUUCACCGACGCCAGUCAGGAGAUCGGAAAGGACGACGACGUCACACGUGUGGUGCGAUCUCUCGGUGAUGUUGUGAUGAGAUACGACGGUCAGGAAUUACUUCAAUCUGACGAAUUCAGUAGGCCGGCGAAGGGAAUGGCCUACCAUCCAUUCCUGCAGCUACCGAGACCCACUGACUUCAGCGUGUCGUCGCUGUUGACUGCGGGCUCACCGCCUCAAGGACAGAACUCGCCUAGCGCCGGUCCUGGAGCGGCAGCUGCUGCUGCUGCUGCAUCUGCUGCCGCCGCCGCAAACGUACCGUACUUUCCGGCUGCUGCUCUAGCGGCCCUAACGGGUGCCCCGGGCGGACACCCACCGCAUCUGUAUCCGGGGUCACUGCUGCCAAAGUUACCACCACACCAUCCGCAUCCGCAUCAUCCGCUGGGAGCCGCGUACACUACCGCCGAGGACGUCGUGAUGGCCGCGGUUGCAGCCCAUCAGCACCAUUCGGCGAUGAGACCGCUGCGGGCACUGCAACCGGAAGAUGACGGUGUUGUCGAUGACCCGAAGGUGACCCUGGAAGGCAAGGAGCUGUGGGAGAAGUUUCACAAGCUCGGAACGGAGAUGGUCAUCACGAAAAGUGGCAGACAAAUGUUUCCGCAGAUGAAAUUUCGCGUGUCGGGAUUGGAUGCAAAAGCCAAGUACAUUCUGUUACUGGAUAUCGUGGCAGCGGACGACUACCGGUACAAAUUUCACAACAGUCGAUGGAUGGUGGCUGGCAAAGCGGAUCCGGAGAUGCCGAAACGGAUGUACAUUCAUCCGGAUUCGCCAUCUACCGGUGAACAGUGGAUGCAGAAGGUGGUGUCGUUUCACAAGCUGAAACUGACCAACAACAUUAGUGAUAAGCAUGGAUUUGUUGGCGAUGCCUCCGUCGUCUGGACAAUCCUCAACUCAAUGCACAAAUACCAGCCCAGAUUUCACUUAGUCCGAGCGAACGAUAUCCUGAAGCUACCGUACUCAACGUUUCGAACCUACGUGUUUAAGGAGACCGAGUUCAUAGCCGUAACUGCAUAUCAAAACGAAAAAAUAACGCAAUUGAAAAUAGAUAAUAAUCCUUUCGCGAAAGGGUUUCGUGAUACCGGUGCUGGUAAGCGGGAAAAGAAUGGGUCUUUCCCUCUUUCCAGCUGUUCCGCUUUCCGACAAUCGCUUAUGGGCCAGCGAAGUUCGGACGGCGAUAAGCUAAGUCCGAGCUCCGUUAGCUCCUCCCGAGGUCCAGCUGGAUUGGACCACCGAACGAAUAGCAUAUCAAACCUGGACGAUGACGACAAGCUGUUGGAUGUCGUAGGACCACCACAGAGCCCACUCCUCUCACUCAGCCAGCAGAUGCAACAUCAUGCAGGUUGGUUCAACUUUGAAGACGUGCAACGGGCGGAGGAAGCGAUGCGACGGCGGCUUCAGUCCGAUGAGAACGAGCGCGACGGAAGUGAUUCCAACUGCUCGGACAGUGUUUCAGGAAGCACAGGUGCCUUUCGUCCGACCUCGGGCAGUCCAAAAGAGUCGUCGAGUAGCGCCGGUACGUCAUAUCCUUCGCCGAACAUCUCCGUCGGGCCACCAAUCCACCCGCCUCCACACUUGUUACCGUAUCUGUACCCGCCGGGGCUAUACCCGCCGCAUCAUUUGUCGCUCCUGCACAAUCAUGCCGCAGCUGCUGCAAUGAACCCCAGCCUACUGUUCAACGCCCAACUUGCCCUGGCGGCACAGCAUCCGGCCUUUUUCGGUCAUUACUCUGGUCACUCACCAUCCUCGCCACUGCACAGUCUCAAAGGUCACCGUUUUUCACCGUACAGUUUACCCGGAUCCGGGCUAGGAUCGGCAUUUGAUGCCGUCACGCCCGGUUCAAACUCCGGUGGCCCACGAAGUCUUAGCAGUAGUCCACAUCCACGAGCUGCCUCAAAUUCACCGCCAACCAGGCCAAUUUCAGUAUCUCCGACACCCACACAGAAUCCGACAUCUCCUGCCUCGGCGGAAGCAGGAUCUACUGCCACUACCACCGCAGCCGUCCCUCAACCUCCACCAUCAGCAAUGGUCACCACCAUGCCUUCCAACUCACCGUCCGAGUUGAAAAGCAUAGAAAAAAUGGUCAACGGUCUGGAAGUGCAGCACAACAUCAACGGUAAUGUGGAGAACAGCAAACUGCAACAGCUCGCCGGGCACGACCAGUGACGACUCCUGGACUGUCCGGCGGGUGACAGUAGUUUGAAGCUCGACCAGGACAUGUGACAGUUGGCAAUAAGCUCUAGCAAGAUAUUCAGCGCAAUAUGAAUGAAUCUCUUGUACACGGCGUGGCCACUCGGUGAACAUCGGGUCCUCUUCUCCACCGCCGGAGGGUUUCGAAUGAGAAUGUUAGCAGAACCUGUUAUUUAGAUGAAUUACUGUGCAAAUAUUUAUGAUUAAAGCUAGUGUGUCGAAACGCGAUCAAUGGUAGAGGAAUCACAAGUCAAACCUCUGGAAUUUUGUGUAAAGUUAGCUAAAUCAAUCCUUAGAAGGACUAAAAAAUUUCGCAUUAUUUUUAACAAAGCAAAAGUUCAAUUUUAAUCGCUUCGCAUUGAUUGUAUUGUAAAUAGACAGACCGUACUCGGGAAACGCCCAGGAGGCCCGUUGAAGGAAGUAUUAAGCUGCGAUCAUCAGGAAUAAUUUCGUUGAGGGUAGAAGUUCGCGAUUCACUACAAAAUGGGAUGAAAAUGGGAAUAACAUUUACCAAAGAGUCGAUUAACUAUUGUAAAUAUUAUCGUUGUACAGAACAGGGUGAGGAGCCGGCUGGGAAGCCGAUCUUCGCCUAAUGGCUAAUCGGUAGACUGAUUCUCUAGGCAUAACCUAAUUUGCGUGGGAACGAGGGGAAACAUGGAAUUGAAAUAAAUGCAAACAUUAUCCUAUUGGAUAUUCUGGUGUUAAGCGAAACGGAUUUUCGUCUUCGGUAGGCCAAGUGUCAUAGAAAAAAAACUAGACUUUGUAGAAAUGAUUUAUAAUCAGGAUUUAGAAGGUAAGCUUUAGUUUCAGAAAAAUAUUUGUCCGUUGAAGUAUCUUAUAAAAGGUUCCAAGGCAGAUUGAAUUUUACACAGAAAAAUUAAAAAUGAGAUAUAUUAUUAACCCUUGAUUUCUAGAACAAGCCAAAAAAUUUCUAAGCGUUGCUAAAUUUUUGCUCCAAACCACAUGAUCCCGAUUUUCAGAUACUUACUCACAACAUGUUUCUUGAUUGAGGAUUCUAAAAGACUAUUUAAAUUCGACUGGUGGCUCCCGAUAGAAAGCUAAAUGUCAAAACAGGAUGGCAUCUCUAGUUUUUUCAUUUCCGUUAUAAAUUCCAUAAAAACGAUAUUUUUCACUGGGAAUUGACGUAAUAUUGUAUGUUUAAGCCUUGUGAAAACAAACUAAAAUCGCUUCGGUAAAAAACACUGCCUCUGAGGUCCAAUCAAAUUGAAUCACUUUUCUUCCAUGAGAGAAUUGAAAACCCACAUACAUUCGAUCUUCUUAUCUUCUAAUAAUAAGUUCCUUAAUUAUUACUAAAAAAUAAAAGCCGAACCGUUAGACCCCUUACCAUUUUAAAAGUUUUGAGAAUAUUUAGCUACCGUGAAUCUCAAAUGUUCAAUCAACUACAAACUAACUGAGACUUGCGCCAGAAAACCCUGCUCAUUGCAACCAGCGAACCAGUUUACCGACCAGCCUGAUCCAGCAAAUUACAUCUCAUUGUGUACAUUUUGUACAGUCAUUAUAGCCUAUUUUAAAAAUUACAAAAAAAUACUAACAGCAUUUGAAAAUCAAGUGACGAUUGACCUUUUCUCAGAAACAAACUAACAUAUAUAGUUAAACUUGACAAAGUAAGAAAAGCUAAACAAAACAUCAUACGAAUUAUAAAUUUCAACACUUAAAACCACAAAAAGCAAGUACUAUAGUAGAAUUGAAUCAUUUUAAAAAGCAUGAAGAAGAGAAAAAAGGAAUGUAAAGUUAAUUCUGUAAAAAAACAAGGUGCAGAGAGGAAGAAACAAACCUAGACUCGGAAGGCCCGCAGAACAAAACUAUACAAAACACACAAAAAAGCUCGCUGAAAGCGAGUGCCCCAACCAUGGAAAUGAACUAGUGUAAAACUGUUUUAAACAAAUUUCGCUUCCCACUAAGUUAUUUAUUUUGUUUUGUAUACCUACUUUUCUGUGCACUUUUGUGCGUCGCUCGGGUUGUAUACACGAAGGAAAGCAAACAACAACCACAAUAACAACCGCAGAACCCCUCAGCUCCUGUGUUAUUUAAUUUAGGUUAAUUUCUCAUUUCGCAGCGUCCUCAAUUUUAGCAUGUAGUAUUGUAAACAGAAAACAAGUGUAAAACGCAAGCAACUAAUCGCAGGAAAUGUAAACAUUAGUUAAGAUAGCAGCAAUUAAUCGGAUGAAUCAGAAUAUGAUUUAAAUUAAUGCUACUGAACAAGAAAGUGUGAUAAUUUAUUGAGUAAUAGUUUUCCUUUUUUAUAAUUGAUACCCAUCAUCCGCAGAGACUAAGUUCCCAGGAAAAACGAUCCUCCUGUUUUGUUACGAGCAAUAUUACGAUUAGAGUAUCCGUUUCUAGGCAACCCAAACUUUGAUUUGAAAUAUAGAAAACAAACACAGCAUGCGCUGAUCAAAACGAACAGUGGAGAGUUGUGUGCAGUUCACAGUCUUACAAUCACCACCACGAGACGCAAGCAAGCAAGAACAAAUCUAGACUAUUUUUGUAAGUCGUAAAAGAGCAAUAAUUGAAAAGUAAAUAUAUGACAAAACUAUUUUAAGAAAUAAAUUAAAAAAUAUUAUAAUUAAAAUUUAAACUA